AUGUUAUUAAGGAGUGGACGACGAACAUCGGAGUUUCCUGCUAACAUCACCAGCCAGCAAGCCGAACAUUUCAAUCCUCACGUUGAGCCUAACGUUGCAGAGGAAUCCAACAUGGCUAACCAGACCUUGAAGCAAUUGGCCGCUCCUAACCUGGCUGCGCAACCACCAUCUAUCACAUAUCCUGCCCUUGAUAGGCCAUUAAAGCUUAAUUUGGGAUUCCUGAAUCUGUUGCCGAAAUUCAAUGGACUACCAGGUGAGGACCCUUACCGUCAUAUAAAUGAAUUUCUAAUUACUUGUUCAACUAUGCAGCCAGAUGGCAUUGAAGAGGAACAAAUCAAGCUCCGAGCCUUCCCUUUCUCGUUACAAGGAUUGGCGAAGGACUGGUUAUAUUACAUGCCGCCAGGAUCAUUCACAACUUGGACAGGGUUACAUAAGGCUUUCCUUGAGAAAUAUUUUCCGGCAUCAAGAAUAGGGUCAAUCAUGAAGGAAAUUUGUGGAAUUAAGCAGUUGGUGGGUGAGUCAUUAUAUGAGUACUGGGAAAGGUUUAAACGACUAUGUGCGAGUUGUCCACAACAUCAGAUUAGUGAGCAGCUCUUAGUGCAAUAUUUUUAUGAAGGGUUGACACCACAAGAUCGAGGAAUGAUUGAUGCAGCGAGUGGAGGUGCAUUGGUUGAUAAAACUCCGGAGCAAGCCCGAAAUUUGAUUGCUAAUAUGGCGCAGAAUACACAGCAAUUCAGUCUCAGGAGGUCCGAUUUGGGUAAACGAAUGGAUGAGGGGCAGUCAAGUAUGAUGGAGGCUCAGUUAGCUAACUUAACGGCUAUGGUAGGUAAAUUGAUGACUGGAGGUAAUACGAAAGCUUCACUAUGUGGCAUUUGUUGUUUGGAAGGACAUACCACAGAUAUGUGUCCGACAUUACAGGAAGGGGAAGCUAAUGCCGUCUUUCCAAAUCAGAGGAGUGCUGAAACUAAGACUCAUACCAUGCUUGAACAAAUGAUGAAGAUGAUGGUUAACCAGAAAAAGGAAACCGAUGGAAGAUUCCAGUCUUUGGAAUCGGCAGUGAAGCAGUUGCAAACCAGAGCCUCGUCGACUGACGUUAAUCUAGGGAACUUGCAAGCACAGGUAAAUAAUCGGUUACCAUCACAACCUGUUGCAAAUCCAAGGGAUAAUGUCAGUGCUAUAACUUUGCGAAGUGGGAAGGAGUUGAGAUCGUCACUAAAGAAGGCCCAAAACAGUGAUGAGGUAGACGAAACUGAGGCAGCUCCAAAGGAAGCAGGGAAAUCACGUUCACAACAGUCCACUACUUUGCGCGAUACAGCAAAUUUUGAGCAAGAAACAAGUGUUCCCGAACCUCGAGCUCAAGCAAGUCAAGAUGCUAAUAACCAACCUCGGUCUUAUGUGCCAAAGGCGCCGUUUCCACAAUGUUUGAGGAAGGAAAAGUCAGACGACGUCAAUGCUGAAAUUUUAGAGACUUUCCGUAAGGUACAAGUUAAUAUCCCAUUGAUUGAUGCAAUUAAACAAGUACCUAGAUAUGCUAAGUUUUUAAAAGAAUUGUGCACAUCUAAAAGGAAAUUAGUUGGAAAUGAGAAGAUUAGCUUAGGCGAAAAUGUCUCUGCGGUAUUUCAAAAGAAGCUUCCUAUUAAAUGUAAAGACCCUGGCAUGUUUUCGAUACCUUGUAAGAUAGGAGACCUUAAACUAGAUAGAGGUAUGCUUGAUUUGGGUGCUUCUAUAAAUGUCAUGCCUAGGAGUAUCUACGAUAGAGUUCAAUUAGGUGCAUUAAAAGACACAGGACUGGUAAUUCAACUUGCAGAUAGAAGUAAUGCCUACCCUGAUGGCGUUCUAGAAGAUGUUCUAGUGCAAGUAAAUGAGUUAGUUUUUCCAGCUGAUUUUUAUGUUUUAGACAUGGGAGCUAGUGAUAACUCCGUUGAUGUACCCUUACUCUUGGGUAGACCCUUCCUUAAGACAGAUAGAACGAAAAUUGAUGUGCAUAAAGGGAAUUUAACAAUGGAAUUUGAUGGUGAGAUAAUUAAAUUUAAUAUAUUUGAUGCUAUGAGGUAUCCCACUGAUAUUAAUUCUGUAUUUACUCUUGAUGUAAUUGACAAUUUUGUUCAAGAUGUCUAUGAAUUAGGAGAAGAAGACGAGUUGAAAAGCGUUCUCGCUAAGAGUAUUUUUGAUAUCGACAAGCAGGAAUUUAUCGUUUCUGAUUUUUUAAUUGACUCAGUUUGUGCUUUAGACUCGCCCAAAUUGACACGAUUCAAGCCGAUUCUCCCUAAUCUUAUGGUGACUGGUAAGCAAGUUCCUUCAUUGAUUUCGCCACCUAAAUUAGAGUUAAAAGAGCUGCCCGAAAAUUUAAAGUACAUUUAUUUGGGGGAAAAUCAAACUCUACCAUUGAUAGUGUCGAAUGCUUUAACUGAGAUGCAAGAAUCUAAGCUGCUUAGGGUUCUUAGGGAGCAUAAAGAAGCCUUCGGUUGGACACUAGCUGAUAUUCGGGGGCUUAGUACGACUUUAUGUACUCACAAGAUAGCCUUGGAAACAGAUUCAGUUCCCAAAAGAGACCCUCAACGACGAUUGAACCCACCAAUGAUGGAGGUAGUCAAGACUGAAAUUUUAAAGUGGUUGGAAGCCGAUGUUAUUUAUCCUAUAGCCGAUUCAAAGUGGGUAAGUCCAAUUCAUGUUGUACCUAAGAAGGGAGGAACUACAAUAGUUACCAACGAGGAAGGGUUAGAGAUUCCUACAAGGGUGCAGAAUGGUUGGCGGGUUUGUAUAGACUAUCGGAAACUGAACAGAGCCACUAAAAAAGACCACUACCCCCUUCCAUUCAUGGAUCAAAUGUUAGAAAGGUUAGCUCGUCGCUCACAUUUUUGUUUUUUAGAUGGCUAUUCAGGUUAUUUGCAGGUACCUGUUGCACCUGAGGAUCAAGAGAAGACCACAUUCACUUGCCCGUUUGGAACUUACGCCUUCAAGAGAAUGCCUUUCGGAUUAUGCAACGCACCAGCUACUUUUCAAAGAGGUAUAACGAGCAUAUUUUCAGAUUUUAUCUCACAUUUAAUGGAGGUGUUCAUGGAUGAUUUUACUAUUUAUGGUGAUUCAUUUGAUCAAUGUUUGCAUCAUCUUGUGUUAGUUCUUAGGUCUAAAGGCUUAGAAGUCGACCAAGCCAAAGUUGAGGUAAUUAAAAAUCUACCUUAUCCAGGUACUGUGAAAGGAAUUCGAUCCUUCUUGGGUCAUGUAGGUUUUUACCGUCGGUUCAUCAAGAAUUUUUCACAGAUAUCAUCACCGUUAUUUGCAUUGCUCGGUAAGGAUGUCACAUUUGAAUUUAGUGAGAAUUGCAGGAAAUCUUUUGAUGAAUUGAGAUUGAAAUUGAUCACAGCCCCUAUCAUACAAGGGCCGAAUUACGCAUUACCUUUUGAAAUUUUAUGUGAUGCCAGUGAUAAGGCUGUUGGUGCGGCACUUGGGCAAAUAAAUGGUAAGGAGUCUUAUAUUAUCAGGUAUGCUAGCGAGCUAUUGAACCCAGCUCAAUGCAAUUACACCACGACCGAGAAAGAGCUCUAUGCCAUAGUUUUUGCCUUAGAAAAAUUUAGAGCAUACUUGUUAGGAGUCAAAGUUGUUGUAUUUUCUGACCAUGGUGCUCUUAAAUAUUUGUUGCAUAAAAAAGAAGCUAAACCUCGAUUAAUAAGAUGGAUUUUGCUUUUGCAGGAAUUUGACUUGGAAAUUAAAGAUAAGAAAGGUAAGGAAAAUCUUGUGGCCGAUCAUUUGAGUAGGAUAGAGACUGGAAUUUUGAGGGAUGAGCCGAGUGAUUUAUUUCCCGAUGAGCGACUUUAUAGUGUGUCUAGUCUUUUGCCAUGGUAUGCCGACUUAGUGAACUACUUAGUGACUAAAGAGUUCCCUACGAAUGCACCUAGACAUUUAAGAGAAAAAAUUAAAAGUCAAGCCCGAUUUUACUUAUGGGAAGAGCCAUACCUUUGGCGAUUUUGUAGUGAUCAAAUUAUUAGGCGUUGUGUCGAUGACAGUGAGAUUGUGCAUCAUGUCAAAAAAACCGGUAAUUUAAGUAGCCGAAAUCAAAUGCCAUUACAUAAUUUUUAUGUUUGUGAUAUCUUUGAUGUAUGGGGUAUUGAUUUUAUGGGGCCUUUUUCUUCUUCUUUCGGUUAUCUAUACAUUCUUGUUUGUGUUGAUUACUUGUCGAAAUGGGUAGAAGCAUUCCCAACUAGAGCUGAUGAUGCUAGAACUGUGGUGAAACUUCUUAAGACCAACAUUUUAAAUAGAUAUGGGGUACCAAGGGCUAUAAUUAGUGACAAGGGAACACAUUUCUGUAAUAGAACCUUGAAAGCUUUAUUUGCACAAUUUGGUGUCAUCCACAAAGUGUCGACAGCUUAUCACCCUCAAACCAAUGGGCAAGCCGAGAGUAGUAACAAAGAGAUUAAGGGAAUUUUAGAGAAAAUUGUUAAUCCCAAUAGGAAAGAUUGGAUUCAAAGAUUAGAUGAAGCAUUGCGGCCGGUUCGAACAGCUUACAAAACGCCAAUUGGGAUGUCACCUUACAGGGUUGUUUUUGGGAAGGCAUGUCAUCUUCCCGUUGAGCUUGAGCAUAAAUCAUUCUGGGCUGUUAAGCAAUGCAAUUUGGAUUAUAGUUUGGCAGGUAAAGAACGCAAAUUGAAGCUGCAAGAAUUGGAGGAGUUGCGCCUAGAGGCAUAUGACAAUUCGGUCAUCUACAAAGGUAAGUCGAAGGCAUUUCGUGACUCCAAGCUGAUUCGCAAAGAAUUUAAGGUGGGGGAAAAGGUUGCAAAGGACUUGUGCUUGGUGGAUGAAGGCGUCGCCAACUAA